CAAGCCAAACUCUUCACACCCCCAUCCAGUCCACACUUCCUCUUUUAGUUUGAAAAAACAAAAAACGUUUUCUUAUAAAAAAAUAUAGAAGGCAGACUAAAAUAGCAGUUUCCUGAACAAUUUUUGCAGUCACCUGUUCCCUUCAUUUCUUCUCUCUUUUCUCCACUCUCAACUUCUCCUUCGCGCCAUGAACCUAUAGAUACACUCACGUUUAUGGCGUAUCAAAACCACCAACUCUCUCAAAACCAUUUCACUCAUGAUGACUCCACCACCACCGAACCAACCUCCGAACCUCACCCAUCCUUCCAAACCGCACCUAACUGGCUCAACAACGCUCUUCUUCCUAACAACUCAUCAAACACCAACACCAACACCAGUACCAAUUUCCUCAACCUCCACUCCUCCGCAGCUUCCGCUUCUCAAUCCUCCUCCCAAUGGCCGAGGACCGAGGAUUCCACCAUCGCCGGCAUGAAAGCACUGGAUAGCAGCCACGCAGCGGCGGAGGGAUUAAUGAACUGGCAGAAAGCGAAAUACAAAGGGGAAAUAAUGGCGCAUCCGUUGUACGAACAACUUCUAUCAGCACACGUGGCGUGUUUGAGAAUCGCCACACCGGUUGACCAGUUGCCGAGGAUCGAUGCUCAGCUGGCUGAGUCGCAGAAUGUUGUUGCCAAGUACUCUGCCUUUGUACAAGGCAUGCUUGAUGAUGAUAAUAAACAACUCGAUCACUUCAUGUCACACUAUGUUUUGUUGCUUUGUUCAUUCAAAGAACAGCUCCAGCAACAUGUCCGGGUCCAUGCCAUGGAAGCAGUAAUGGCUUGUUGGGAGAUUGAGCAAUCCUUGCAAAGUCUAACAGUUUUUACCACAUGUUUGACAGGAGUUUCACCCGGGGAAGGUACAGGAGCAACAAUGUCUGAAGAUGAAGAUGAACAAGUGGAUAGUGAUACUAAUCUGUUUGAUGGAAAUUUGGAUGGUUCAGAUAAUAAUAUGGGAGGAUUUGGUCCUCUUGUUCUAACAGAGAAUGAGAGGUCCUUAAUGGAACGUGUAAGACAUGAAUUAAAGCAUGAGUUGAAACAGGACUAUAAAGAGAAAAUUGUGGACAUACGAGAGGAAAUUUUACGAAAGAGACGAGCAGGGAAACUUCCCGGUGACACGACCUCAGUCCUUAAAGAUUGGUGGCAAUCACAUGCAAAGUGGCCUUAUCCCACCGAAGAGGAUAAAGCAAGGUUGGUGCAAGAAACAGGUUUGCAAUUGAAACAGAUCAAUAAUUGGUUUAUCAAUCAAAGGAAGAGAAACUGGCACAGCAAUCCUUCAACUUCUAAUGUCAUGAAGAGCAAGCGUAAGAGAAAGAAGUAAUGCAUGCAGGUGAAAAAAAGUGAUGGUGAUUACAUAUAUAUGGCGACAAACUCAAGAACUAAUACCUCAGCAUGGCAGCAGAUCCAACAAAUCAAUGAAAGGUGAAAAGAGAAUCACAUUUUGCUUCUGAUCAAGGGACUGGGAGGGCAGAGGUUAAAACAGAGAUGAGGAAGGUUGAAGGCCUGCAGUAGAAGCACCUAGGAUGCAACAAAAAGUUUACAUAUAGUUUUAUCUCUAAAUAUAAACAUCUUUCCAAAGUAGUUUUUUUUUUCAGUCUCUAUAUUUAACAAACCAGCUUGAGUUUAUUUUUUCAUUAACUUUAGAAAUUAAAAAUUAAAAACGAAAUAUUAAAACUGCAUCAA